AAUUUCUAGUUGUAUUUUGUCUGUUGUCGCUUGGUCCAGUUCAACUGUAAUACAAAAUGUUGCCAACUUUCCAUUGGUCAGAUUAUUUAAUUUUCGCUAUUUCACUUAUAUGUUACUCUCUGAUUGGGAUUUAUCAUCGAUAUCAUGAUGUGAUUUUUGAGAAAUUAACUAAUUGUUUCCGUGGUAUCAACUUUAAAUCAAAAGUGAGAAAGAAAAUGAACGUAGAAGAAUUAUUCUUAGGUGAUCGUAAUUUGACUUUGUUACCUAUUGUUGGAAGUGUAAUGGCCAGUUUCUUAUCAGCUGUCGGUAUAUUGGGCACUGCAUCUGAAGCUUAUCAAUGUGGUAUUCAAUUCAUAUUAUUGGUCGGAGGUUAUUGUAUUGCAUUUCCAUUAGCUGCAUAUGUUUACAUGCCAGUAUUUUAUAAACUCAGAUUGAACAGUGCUCAUGAAGUUAGUUGAUUAAGUUUGAUAUGUAUAUUUUGUUGUCUGCUGUAGUGGUAACCGUAUUACCAUAAAUCUUGAAUUAACCUUUAAACUUCUUUCGAUGGCUGAUUAUUUAUAACAUGAAUUUACAUAGAUCAUGGGAGAAAUACUAGUUAUAUAAUCUCAUAUUCACAUUUGUUGCAAACAAAUGGAUAAUCAUAGAAAUAUAUGUGAUCGGAAAAUUAACGUAAUAAUUUUAUGCAACUCAUAUAUUACAUACGAAUUUAUAUACUCAAGCAAACUGUUUGUAUAAAAAUGAAGUAACACUGAACGAUCGUCAAAAUCAAAGUAUUUGAAACGGUGUAGUUCAACCACUACGGUCACCGAUCCACUCAUAAAAUACAAAAUUAUCUGGAUGCUGUUUAAUUUACAUUCCACUCUGCAAUUUAUCACGCACUUGUUGCAACUGUAAAUUACAGUUUAAUAUUUAGAUACUUACACUAUUAAUGAAGUGAGAAUACUUGUUAUUUCCCUGGUUCUAUACAUUUUUUUAUUGCAAAGCACUAUAUUAAUCGUUGAACAGUCUGAUAGAUCUUUUCAUUGCAUACUUAGGAAUUUGAAAAUCUUAAUUUAGGUGGGUUACUUUCCUACUAAAGUAGAAUAUUAAUAACUAGACUUAAAUAUAUCGUUUAUUAGUGUUCUAAUUUGAAACAAAUAUUCAUCAUAAAUGUUAAGCACUUACUUAUAUUCUAGUUUUACAUUAAAAGUUUUCUAGUUUUAGCUCAUAGUACAUACUGUGCACAAAUGAAUUCUCUAAAGUUGAAAAUUAUUUAGAAAUGCGAUUUGGAAAACUUGUUCGAUGGACAGCCUCACUUGUGUUCUUAUUACAAAUGACAGUUUACAUUGCUCUUGCAUUGUAUGCGCCUGCUUUGGCAUUCAGUCAAGUGGUCUACCUAUUUGGAUAUCGAUAUUGUCUACUGGUUUAGUGGCUACAUUUUAUACAGCUUUUGGAGGUAUUCGUGCAGUAGUGUGGGUUGAUCUCUUCCAACUGAUUAUUCUCAUCAGUGGUUUUUGUUUAAUCACACUAUUAAUUACUUUAAAAGUUGGUGGAUUCCAACGUCUAUGGGGGAUAGUAAUAGACGGUCAGCGUGUUCAAUCUUUCGAUUUUAGUAUUGAUCCUUUUAAACGACAUACAUUAUGGACUUUAAUUAUUGGUGGGACCGGAUUGGUUCUUAGUAUAUUCGGUGCUAAUCAAACACAAAUUCAACGUUAUAUGGCAUGUCGAGAUUUAAAAACUGCUCGAAGAGCUAUAUUACUAAAUAUUCCAUUGACAAGUGUAUUUUUAGCAGUACAAUUAUUUACUGGCUUAGCUAUUUAUGCUUAUUUUGCUGGUUGUGAUCCAGUAAUGAAUGGAUCUAUUAAACGUUAUGAUCAAAUAUUACCUUAUAUAGUAAUGAUUUUAUUCGAUGGUGUAAUACUUGUUCGUGGAAUAUUUCUAUCGGUUAUAUUUGCAGCUGCUUUAAGUACUGUAUCAUCAGGUGUAAAUAGUUUGGCUAAUGUUUGCUUGGAAGAUUUAAUUCGACCAUUGUAUAUUCACUGGAGACAUGUUGAUAUUUCGGAACGAACUAAAUAUCGAUUGGCUUUAUUUUUAGGUAUUUUAUUUGGUGCUUUGACUGUAUCAUUGGCUUUCAUUUUUACAUUAUCCAGUUCACACAUUUUGCAAAUAUCAUUUUCUCUAUUCGGUGCAAUUGGUGGUCCAGUUUUAACUGUAUUUACUGCUGGAAUAUUUUUUCCUUGCAUUAAUGCUGAAGGUGGAUUGUGUGCAUUAAUUAGUGGUGUUAUCUGUGGUUUAUGGAUUUGUAUUGGAAAUACUUUUAUGAUUUCAAGAAUUGAUAGUGGUCGUUUACCUUUAACCAUUGAAAAUUGUUCAUCUAAAAUUCAAAAUAUAUCAUUAUCUAUGGUAACCACUACAACUAGUACGGUUAAUAUUACAGAGACGACAAUGUGGUCAUUUUACUCACUUUCAUAUCUUUAUUAUGCAGCGGCCUGUUUAAUUGUUGGAAUUCCUGUAGGAUUUAUAAUUAGCGCAAUUACAGGAUUUAAUAGUCGAUCAAAGGUUAAUCCAUGUUUAUUAGCUUGGCAAGCAUAUUCAUUCUACAAACAUUUUCCAAAUUGGUUUCCAUCACAAACAGUAAAUGAUCAGGAACUUAAUCAAAUUUCUUCUACAUAUAUUCAAAACAAAGAAACUUUAGAUAUGAAAUUACCUCGUUUACAAGCAAUCAAUAGAAAAAUUUCAUCGGUAGAAAAUGAUAAAAUAAAAGAUUCUACUAUUUCUUAACAAAUAAUAAGUUGAUGUAAUAAUACAGGAAGUUAUCCUUCAUAAGUAUUACUUUAAUGUUUAUAUUGUGCAUUAUUAUUUAUAAUAACUGAAUAACAUUUGUAUCAGAAAGGAUUUUAUGGAGAUUGUAGUAAUUUCAAUAAUUGAGAUCAUGAGUCAAUUGAAGCUAGACCACUAUGAAAAACCUGGAAGCACUGAAUAGCCAUUUUGUCCUCCUGAGGUACUCCUCAGCAGUUUGCAACCACGACCCUGCCUAACGGGAUUCGAACCCAGGAUCUAUCAGUCUUGCACGUGAGUGCUUAACAAACUAAACCACUGAGCUGGCCGGCAUCCAAUGGUGUGAAUGUCUAACUUCAACUGAUUCAUGAAAUUGAUUAAAGAUGAAUACAACGAAUAUCACUGUAAAGAGUGAACUACUUAACAUAAUAUUUAUAUUUAUAAGAUGUUUCAUAAGGCAGGUUUACUUAAUCCCAUAUUGUUUUACACUACUCAGGGAAAUAAAAUCAAUACUGGGAUGUUCAUUUGUUAACAGAUUAUUUUUAAUUUCUUAUAGAAUACAAUGAUCCAAUUCGUUUACAAACUACCAUUUAUUUUCAUAUGAAAGAUGGAUAGCGAAACACUGUGCUUGCUUACUAAUAAAUGGAUGAAUACAGCAAUUAUGUAAAUAGAAACUAAUUAGUGAAAUGUUAUUUAUCAAUCAUGAAAUUCUUUCGCUAAAUAAAUAUCGUCCUUUAUGAAAACUAACCUAAUGUUUGAGUUUCCGGUUAUUACUUUGUCGUUGUGACUGAAUAAAUCUACAACGGAUGAACGAUAUAAAUAUUACUAUGAUAGAAGUUAACAAGGAUAAUACAAAACAGUUAGGGUCAAACUCCAUCUCAGAUGGUAUGAGCGAGUUCAUUGACGUGAUAUCGCUCACCGGAGAGCUACAUCAUACAAAUAGUGUUCAUUACAAAUAUAUAAUGAAGUACCUUCAGUGUGCGCACUAUUUCGGCCUUUAACAAUUU